AUGGGUUAUAUAACUGCAGAUUCAAAAAUAGUGUCCUUUAAUCUAAGGGAGGAGAAAUUUCAGGAGGAAGUGCCAUUCCCCAAUCCCCCUCCUCGCAGCGGAUACUAUGAAUCUGUUGAAAUUGGGGCUAUUGGAGGUUGUCUCUGUAUCUGCUUUGAACCAAUUGAUAGUGGUUUUAGAAUAUGGGUAAUGAAGGAAUAUGGGGUAAAAGAAUCUUGGACUGAAGUCCUAAAGAUUUCUCGAGAGGUUUUACCCAAAGAUUACGUAUUACAGUCGAGGCCUUUAAGUAUUUUAGAAAAUGGUGAAGUUCUUCUGAACCUUCAUAACAAUGUCUUGGCAUUAUAUAACCCAAAGAGAAAAACAUUCAGAACUGUUGUUCAGACUCAUGACGAUCAGUGGUUAAAUACAGCUAUUUAUGUUGAGACUUUAGUUUCACCAGCAACUGGCUGUGGUGUGGGCAUGUGA